CUCUUAUAUUAUCUGUUUACAUCUAAGAUACUAAACCCUUACCAGAUAUAUUUGAUACAAAAUCACUGGGCUUUUUCCCUAUUUGAUCACUCCCCUUCUUCUGCUGGGUGCAUUCAUUUUGUCUGGACAGAAGCAUUUCAGUUCCCUAUUCUCUAAACAUCUUAAAGGAAAUUCAAAUAAGUCCAUUUCCUGGCCUGUUGUCAAAGAGAGGACUCAGAACAGCUGGCUCAGUAGUAUUAAGUUAUUUGAAAAGAGCAACUACACAGAUAUUAAGGAGAUAUGGUCACUGACUAAUCAAGGCUCAGCUGUUAAUGUAAAGAACAUCUGGAGUUUAACCAUUCUGCUCAACAUAUUAGAACAUUCCAGCUAGCUAGACUCCCAGUCUAAACUGGAGGACAUGGGUAUCAUCUGCAAAGUAAGUAGCCAGAAAAGCAGUUCCUGUGAAAAAAGAACAUUCAUCUGCUUUCAAACUUUCUCUUAUCUGUGCUGGUUCUUUCCCUCUCCUUCCCUUCAAUCUCUUUUCCUCUUCUUUCCGCUUUCUUCCUCAAUCGAUCUCUCUCCAUUUUCCUCUUUAUUCUUCCUUUCUCUUUAUAUUGUUGUCUUUCUUUCCUCUUAGUAUUUCUCUCUCUUUUCUCUUUCUUCCCUUUGUCAUCCCUCUUCUCUUCCUCUCCCCUUCUCUCCUCUUUUUUCUCUUCUCCUUUUUCUUUCUUCCUUCCUCCCUUUCUCUCUCCCUACUUUGUCUCUUUUCUUCUCCUUCCCUUCUUUCUCCCAUUUUCUCUCUUUUCUCCUUUUUCUCUCUCCUUUCUUCCCUUUUUUUCAUUCUCCCCCAUGUAUCUCUCUUCCUACUUCUGUUCCUUCCUCUCCCCCCCUCUUUCCUCCACUUUCUUUCUCUUUCCCUUUAUCUGACUUUAUUCUCAAUGCUCUAGAAAUAUCUCUAUGGCUAUCACUUACAGGGCAGGUCCUGAUCUACCCUAGUAGAGCUUAUUGCUCACCUGAAACUCUCUAUCCUGAUGAAACCACAGAGUCUAUAACAACAUCUCAUUAAUGGAGAACUCUAAGAUUUACAAAGUGCUUUCUUCUCAAUGGACUUAUGAGUUAAGGAAUUCAAUGAUCAUUAUCUUCAUAAUAUAGAUAAAGAGAUUGAUACUUAGAAAUGUAUAAUGAUAACUAGCAUUUGUAUUGUGCUUUAAUCUUUGCUUGGUAGUUUAAAUAUGUUAUCUCAUUUGAUCCUCACAACUUUGGGAGAUGGAUGUUAUUAUUAUCCCCAUUUUUCAGAUGAGAAAACUAAAACAAACAAGGGUCAAGUGACUUGAUCAGAAUCUAAGUGACUUGCUGAUAAGUAUCUAAGGCUGGAUUUGAACUCAGGCCCUCUUGGUUCAGGACUUCAUUGUGCCCCCAGCUGCCUCUAGCCCAGUACCAGGAUGGGUGUGAAUUUGGGAAAUGGUAUGAAAUUUGGAAUUUCACUUGUUAGAAAGAAGUUGUGGAAACAGUUAUGUAUAGUAAAAACUCCAAACAGAAGCUUCAGCAAGGUAGUGAACAAUCAAAUUCAUUGAGGGACAAUACAAUUUCUUAGACAUCCUGCUGGAUUUGGAAUCUCGAAACCAUGGCUCAAAUCCCACCUCUGAUGGCUACUGACAAUAGGAGCAUGGACAAGCUAUCUCAGUUCUCUGAACCUCAGUCUCCUUGUCUGCAAAAUGGAGCUGAUGAUGCUAAUGCUUCCUCCUUUACAUUGGUGGCAUAAGGGGAAAAAACCUGUAGCCCUAGAGUAUUAAUAAUAGUCAUAAUAAUUAUGAGUUAGCUAGUAUUUUAUAGUACUUUAAGACUUGCAAAGCACUUUACAAAUAUCCUAUUUCAUCCUCACAACAACCAAAGGCACUUUUAUUUUCCCUACUUAACAAAAGGGAAAACCAAGGUUUAGAGAGGUCAAGUGACUUACAGGUUCACACAACUAGUAAGUGCCUAGGGUAGAAUUUGAACUGGGAUCUUCUUAACUCCAGAUCUGUCACUCUACACACUGCACCCUAUCAUUGCCAAUAGAAUCAUAUACUCAGAGCUUGCAGAUACUUGAGAAGUCAUUAAAUCUAGUCCAACAUUUUACAGAUGAGGGAACUGAGACCUAAAGAGGUGAGAGGACUUACAUAAGGUCACACAAGCAUUAAGAGACAGAGGUAGGAUUUGAACCCAGGUCCUUUGACUCUAAAUACUGUGCUCUUUCCUCUAAAAACAGCUAUCACAUAUUCUUCCCUCUCCAGGCCAAAUGCUCCCAGCUUCUUCAAAUUCUAGGUCAAAAGUACAUGGCUUCAAUGCUGCCUUCUUUCCAGAAAACUCUUGAAUGUCUGUUCCCAUGGUAAUAUGUCUUACUUAGAACCUUUAACCCAAUCUCCCUGGAAUUGGUGAUGACUUACUGCAUUUAUAUAGAUAGAUGAUGAAUACAUAGAUGGACAGAUGAAAUCCUAGGGGAUGGAUGGAUAGGUAAAUAGAUAGGCAAAUAGAUAAUGGAUAGAUAGAUAGAUAGAUAGAUAGACAGACAGACAGACAGAUAGAUAGAUAUGGAUGGAUGAUUGGUAGAGGUAGAUGAUAGAUAGUUUGGUAGAUAGAUAGAUGAUGGAUAGAUGAACAGAUAGUUACCUAGAAGAUGAAUGGAUAGGUAGGUAGAUAGGAAAUUAGAUUAUGGAUGGAUGAUUGGUAGAGAUGGAUAGAUGCUAGGUAGGUAGAUAGACAGAUAAGGUACCUAGACAGGUAGACAGAUCAGCAGUUUGAUGGACAGAGAGGUACAGAGAGAGAGAAAAUAGGUAGAUGGUAAAGAUAGAUGCUAGGUAGGUAGAUAGACGAUGAAUAGAUGGACAGAGAGGUACCUAAAUGAUGUAUUAACAGAUAGGUAGAUAAAUAGAUGGUGGGCAGAUGGGUAGGUAGAUAGAUAACUUGUUAACCAUCUAACCAUUUGUUAGGCACUGUACUAUAAACACAAGCAAGUAAGGCAGUCUCCACCUCAAGAAGUAUAUUUUAACGGAAAAUACAAUAUAUAAAGAGGAAUUGGAAAACAAAGAGGGGUACUGAGACAGGCAGAAUUUAGAGAUGGUCAAGAAGUGGGAAGUAGAGACCUGGAUUUGGCAGGAUAGGUGAAAGCUCUCCCAAUCAGAGACCAGAGUGGUUCCAACAGCAGAGUCCAACUUUCCUUUGAUUUUACCAUAUAAUUUUGAGAAACCCAAGAAGUCCCUCAUCUAGCAUAUGUUGUUUCUUCCAUUAGAAUCGAAGCUCCUUGAGGUCAGGGAGUGUCUUCCUUGCUUCCUUGCUUGUAUCCCUGGCAAUUAGCAUUAUUCCUGGCAUAUAGGAAAUUCCUAAUAAAUUUUAGAUGCUAUAAUGUAUAACAUUUGUUAUUUGACAUAAACACAGAUAUAUGCCCUCUAUAUGGUUUCCUUCUUUCCUUCUAGAAUUAUCUCCUGUUUUCUCUGUGUUCUCUCUUGCAUAUCUUAGAAGGGGAAGCAAACUUUUUCCCUUCUUGAACUUUGAAACUGAUGUUCCUUGAGGGCAAGGUCUUUUUCUUUGCAUCCUCUCAUAUCCAGCAUAGGACCUGGUACAUAUUAGGAAAUUCAUGUUUGUUGGUUGUUUGGCAGCUACUGAAGACACUCUAAAAGUUCAUGGGAUGGACACUGGCAGUCCUAUGACUCACCCAGAAACUGCUAAACUCACUCCCAUCUUCCUCCAAGUCCAAGGGAAGAGGCAGGAUUCUCCUGGAGAUUAUUUAGAAUUACAGAACCUGGAAGCCAAACCUUCAACUCCAUACAUUAUUCUGUAGUCAUGUGUCAUUAUGGGGAGGGCACUCUAUCUGGAAUCAUAUAUAAAACCUGGGUUCAAAUCCUAGCCAAACUAUAAUCAAGGUGGAACAAAUAAGGCUUUGCCCCAAGCAAGUGUCUUUUUUUUUUUUUUGGACCCAACCUGUGAUUUUCCCUGGUUUGUAGAACCCGUUUCAUGUAAGGAAACACCCUAUACCAGUGUAGCUCAGCACAUGCUCUGUGACUUGGUGGGUAGAGUUGCCAAACUGACCUUAGAGACAUUGAGAGAGCAGAUACUUGUCUCAGCUCUAGAGAGAGAUGGAGGAGAAUUAGGAACUGUAGCAUACCAAGGUUGAUCUACCCCUCUGGUACAGUCUGUGGCAAUCAGAAUCAGGGACUCACUUCUCUCUUUGCAUCCCCAGGGCUUCAUUGCACAUGGAUGGUGCUUAAUAAAUAUUUGUUGAUUGAUGUCUUUUUUCUAGGGUCUUUGCCUCCAACCCUCUGGGCACCUCCCACCUAAGCAGAGGCUGAGGAGGAGGAUCCAGGUAAUUGUCAUAAAUACCUUUUGGAAUGGCCAGUUCAUGCAGCAGAAGUCCACAUCAUUCAAAGGAAAUCAUAGCCAAGCCCAUGAUCUAACAGAACAGGAUUCUGAGAAGGGGUCCAUAGGCUUCACCAGACUGACUGCCAAAGGGAGUCCUUGGCACAAAAGAGCUUGAGAACCCCUGCUCUGGCCUCAGAAAAGUGAAGACACUGAAAUUGAGAAAAAGAGGCCACUUUCUAUAGGAUCCCCCUGGCACAUUUAGCCCUCUCCUCACCAGUCUCUUGCCCGGGUAGUCCUUGACCCUUGGCUUGGGUAUACUUAUCCUGGCCGUGAAGGACCCCAUUGGGCAAGUCCUCUCCAGCUCCAGCCAUGAACUUCCUCCGGCGCCGCCUCUCUGACAGCAGCUUCGUGGCCAACUUGCCCAACGGCUACAUGAUGGACCUGCAACGUCCCAGCAGUUGCACCAGCUCCCCCGUUUCCCCAGCGAUGGAGAGAAGGCAUCCACAGCCUUUGUCUGCCUCCUCCUCCUCCUCUGGCUCCAGCCUCUUCAGUUCCCUCUCUAGUGCCAUGAAGCAGACCACACAGGCAGCCUCGGGGAUGAUGGAGCCCCCAGCACCCCCUACACCCAUCAUCCAGAAACCCAAGAUCCUGUUGGUGGUGGAUGAUGCGCAUACAGACUGGGCCAAAUAUUUCUGUGGAAAGAAGGUGAAUGGAGAGAUUGAGAUUCGAGUGGAACAGGCUGAAUUCUCAGAGCUGAACCUGGCCUCCUAUGUCACCGGGGGCUGUAUGGUGGACAUGCAGGUCAUGAGGAAUGGGACAAAAGUUGUGAGAUCAUUCAAACCUGACUUUGUCUUGGUUCGGCAGCAUGCUUACAGCAUGACCCUGGCAGAGGAUUACCGAAGCCUGGUCAUUGGUCUCCAAUAUGGCGGACUCCCUAGUGUGAACUCCUUGUAUUCCAUUUACAACUUCUGCAGCAAGCCCUGGGUGUUCUCCCAGUUAAUUAAGAUCUUCAAUUCAUUGGGACCAGAGAAGUUUCCACUUGUAGAACAAACAUUUUUCCCCAACCACAAGCAAAUGCUCACAACCCCGACUUUUCCAGUGGUAGUUAAGAUGGGACAUGCUCAUGCUGGGAUGGGGAAGGUGAAAGUGGAAAACCAGUACGAUUACCAGGACAUCACCAGCAUUGUGGCUAUGGCCAAGACUUACGCCACCACAGAAAGCUUCAUCGAUUCCAAGUACGACAUUCGGAUCCAGAAAAUUGGCAACAAUUACAAGGCCUACAUGAGGACGUCUAUCUCAGGAAACUGGAAAGCCAAUACAGGCUCUGCCAUGUUGGAACAGGUGGCCAUGACUGAGAAGUAUAAGCUGUGGGUGGAUGCCUGCUCAGAGAUGUUUGGGGGCCUGGACAUCUGUGCCGUCAAAGCCGUCCACAGCAAAGAUGGGAGAGAUUACAUCAUUGAGGUGAUGGACAGCUCCAUGCCUCUGAUCGGGGAGCACGUGGAAGAAGACAAGCAACUGAUGGCCGAUCUGGUGGUGUCCAAAAUGAGCCAGCUCCCGGGGGCCGGGCCCGCAGCUCCUCUGCCUCUGAAGCCCUGGCAGGUACAGCUGAAACCCAUAAAAUCCCAAGGACAAAUCCAGCUGGGGCCUCAGCUCGGACAGCCUCCCCAGCCUCGUCCGUCCCCUCAAGGAGGCCCCCGACAGGCACAGCCUGCUCAGUCUCCACGAUCUGGAGGUCCCCCCCAGCAGAGGCUCUCCCCACAAGGCCAGCAGCCCCAGAGCCCCCAGGCUGGCUCCCCACAGCAGCAGCGCUCUCCAGGCUCCCCACAGCCAUCCAGAGCAGCCAGCAGCAGCUCCCCAAGCCAGGCCGCCAAACAGGGCACCUUCCCUGCCUCACAACCCCGGCCCCUGGCACAGGGAAGAGGACCUUCUCAGCAAGGAUUUGUGGGAGAUUCCAAGCAGUCGGUGCCUCCCCAUCCCCAUCUCAACAAAUCCCAGUCCCUGACUAACAGCCUGAGCACAUCUGACUCAUCCCAGCGGGGGAACCCCAACGAAGAUGAAGUCAAAGCCGAGAGCAUCCGCAACCUGAGGAAGUCCUUUGCCAGCUUGUUUUCUGAUUAAGCCCGCCCUACCAGGGGCGGUGGAGGGGGAGCAUCAAAGCAAGGGAGGGGGUGAGUGCUCCAGCAAAUGCACACUCACCCUUGAAUGUAGCCACCCCCUCCUCACUCAUUCACAUCCUCAUCAGCCAGGCUGACAACAGCAAUGCCUGAAGGUUCAGAUGCGAUCUGUGACCUGAGUCCCUUGGGAGUCAUUUUGGGGGGCCUCUCUCUAAGCCAGAAAAUGAUUCUCCGUCCUGUGUUCUCAUUCCACUUUUUACGGUUGUCCUGAAUUGUCCAUCUGGGGAAUAGGGGAUUGGCAAGUUGGGGGAGUGUCUGGAACGGGAUCAGUGUUCCAGUUGGACGCUUGCUCCACAACGCAGAGCACCCAAGCUCAAGUCUCGGUUGAGAGGACCAGAUUUCCAUUCGUUGUUUGUGUUAGUCCUGCCUUGGGGAAAAAAGCUCAGGUGUGCUGAUCUCCACCCAUGCACCCCACAUUGUAGCCAUACCUCAACACUCCACUAGGCAAUAAGGAUUCUGACGCUACAUGGAAAAAAAUUUUAAAGGCUCCCAUCCAUUCACUUACCUAUUAAUGACAGGCUUAAAAACUCUCCACAGAUCUCCCCACGCUAUUGCAUGCACAGGCCUUUUGGCAUCCCAAAGGAGAGAUGGAGGGAGGUACAGGAGAAUGGAUUUGGAAUCAGGAACCGAGCUCGUAGCCUGGCUUUGACCUGUUGUGGGACCCACCCUGAGCCACUCUCCCAGAGACACCGAUUAAGGGCUGGGAAAGGACCUUUCUGAUCAUCAAACACUCCCCUCUCUCCCAGUCCUCAUUUUAUAAAUGAAGAUGCUGAGACCCAGGGAAGACACAUCCUCAAGUCACAAAAACAGUAAGGAGCAGCGCUGGAAGGUGAACCCAAGUUCUCUGAGUCUAGCAUUCUUUCCCCCGUCCACGCUCCCUCCUCCCUGGGCCUCAGUGCUCUAUUUGUAAAAUGAAGGAAGGGCCUUGGACUAAAUGAUCUUUGGGGUCUCAUCACACUCCAAAUCUGUAAUCCUAGAAGAAUGAUGGAUGAUCCAUAUCUAUUUUCUGUUUCUAGAAUUGCAUGUCUAGGCAGUCUGGAGGGGGUCCUUCCAGGUUUGUGUCUAAGGGGAAGAGGAAGAUACUCCUAAAGAAAAUGUAUUUGUUGAGAAUGUCUGUGCUUGUAUUCUCAAAUCUCCCACCAGAAGCCCUGGGUCCCCUUCCAGGGACAGGUUCAGACCCAAGGAGUUCAGAAGCCCAGGGUCAUCUGCACACGGUAGUAUCUGGUGCUAGAAACCUUCAAGGUUUCCACUCUGAAAGCCCACUGGAUACCAGUGUCCUGGUGAGCAAAAAAAACCACAAAAUUCACCAGAGGGAGGUAGGCCACUUUUUGUUGUGGGGGCUGCCAGUUAGCUUUUGAGUUCUGGAAGAUCUAUUUGUCCGCCACUCUUAGCUUCACUGUUUUUCAUUCCCUUGUAAGAGGCAGUGUGGGCCAGUGCAAAGACAGGGGCUUUGGGAAAAGAUGACUUGGGUUUGAAUCUCUGUUCUUCCACCUGUCACUUGAGACAAGCCAUUUGCCUUUUCUGGGUCUUAGCUCCCUCUGCUGUAAAAUGAGAAGGCCAGGAAUGGGGUGGAGGGGAGACUAGAAAUCCUUGUAUGACCCCUUCCAGCUUUUUAAUCAAUGAGCCUGAGUUUAUAGGUGAGGUGGGAGAGGCGGCCUCUUGUAAGGCUUCAAAACCCGGACACAUUUCCCCUUGCAGCUCACAGGAAAUUGAAGGCUUGGCAGUCUCCCAAAUCCAUCUCCAGGAGAGCCAGGUAGGAAGGACCCCUUCCUGUUCUUCUAGCCCUGCCAUCUUGUCUUUCAAGGCCAAACCAAUGAGGUGGAGACCAGACCAGAAGUUAUUUUCCUCUGCAUAUCCUGGCAACUGUAACUGUUGGCCUGGAACAAACCGGUCCCAACUCAAGUAAGCCUUCAAACAGACAUGCCAUACUCUGGCCUCCUUGCCAAAGGUGUGGCGUGGCUGGUGACCUGUUUGUUGGCUUUGGACAGACUCUUGACUCAGUAUGGUUUGGUUGGAGGUUCCUUGGAGGCACAGCUGGUACUUUGGCCUCCCUCCUCACCUUUAAUUCAGUAUCAAAAAAUGAAAAAUCAGGCUGAUUCAGGAGUGCUUUUCCUUGCCCUUUGGCUAGGAUUAUUUCCCAUGUCUGCAGUUAUUGGCAAUGGUCCUGGCAUAACAUUAAUCCCAUUGGCACCUAAGCCCUAAACUAGUGACUGAUGACACUCCCAGGAUAUUUUGGCCUUGGUUGACAUCAGCUAACCCCCCAAAAUAAAAUAAGAUCCACAUAAGGAGCUAUUGUCUAGUGUAAGGGAGGGGUGGAAUAGACCUAAUACUGGGUUGUUUUUUUCCUGAGUUGUCUCUGGGAAAAUAAUUCCCUCCCUCCUUUCCUCCUUUUAUUCAUUCUGUCCUUUUGGUUUAAGUACAAGAGUUUAGGACAGACUGCAGAUUCAAGAACUCCCUGCCAGAACUUCUGAAGGUUGCAUCAAGAAAUACACUUGUCCUACCACACCCCUUGUUUUUAGCUCCAGUUAUGCAACCAGCUGGCCCACUCUGCCCCCCAUGCCACCAGGAGCAGCCCUGACCUGCAGGGCUAGGGGACAUAAGGGUCCAAUUCCCACUCCACAUUCCUCCCAGGGUCCCGCUUGGUGUAGCAAAGGCCUCAGUUAAAAAGGCCUGACUGGAUUCCAGCACCCCUGCUGUCCAUGUAUUGGCUUAAUGAAACUUGAUUGCACAGGAGGCUGAUCGUCUACUUAGUCACUUAUGGUGGAUCUUGUGCUUUUUCUCCAUCUCCUAUCCUAUUCCCCAGUUUAGCCAUAAUACUGCUCCUUAGACUGAUGGGCCCAGGGGAAGACAAGCUCAAGAAGUGAUGCUCAAAUGAAGAUGGUUAGCCAUUUAGGAGAAAAAUAAAGUUUGGAGGAAGGAUGAAAUUGUAUGUAGAGAUUAAAAGUUUGAGAUUAUAACUUCCCCUCUGGGUGCAAAUGAUCCAUCUCUCCCCUCCAAAGUAACAAACUAGGCUGGCCCGUAUCCACUGCACCCAUGCUUUUCCGAACUAUGUUCUCCCCCUCCUCCCCAGCAGAACUCGCCAUUCUUGCAGUAAAGAGAGACUUGACCAUGAUACAACUGAAGUCCUCUGGAAAAUGAGGUGCUACUAGCUGUAGUGGAAAGGGGAGCUAAGGAUUCCAUUCCCAUCAUAGACUAAAGGACAGCUGGGUUCAGAACCACAAGGGUUCACUACCACCAUCACCCUUGACACUCAAGGGAAGGCUGUUGCCUCUGGCAACAUAGGAAAUUUGAAGACCCAAUUUCUUUCCUUUGUCUUUCUUAUAUAAGAGACUUUUUCAGUCCAUAGGGGGCUCACACUGCCAGCUGAAUACAAAGACAAGGUAGGCAGUACCAGCGGUCUUUCACUCACUCAGUCUGGCCAGUUUGGACACAGAGAACAUGGGAAAUUCCCUGGCAACCUGAGGCGCUUCAUGUGAAUUAAGAUCAGUAUAGAUAGGACAUGGUAUUCUAGCAGUCAUACCAUUACCAAAUCAGAUGGUCCAGUGAGUGAUCCCAAAGAAUGUGUGAUAAGCCCAAGAUUAGCUCUGGGUAAGUAAGAUCUCACUGAAGAAGCUUCCCGCAGCAUCACAAACACUCCUGGGGCUCUUAAAAGCCAAGCGAUAACUAUCUAUAGACCUUAGUUGGCUCUCCCUGAGAGUAUAUGCCCAUCCGUGAGGCCAUUAACUGCUUUGUAAUGAACUCAUAAAAAGGAAUCAUUUCUCCCUCGAGAAAUCCUCAACCCACUUUGAAAACUGGAUUCUCCAGGCUAAAUACAUUGGCAUUCUAACCUAUGUCACUUCCUACUAUCCCCCCCCCCCCCCCCUUUAAGCUAGUUUUAAUCGGUAUCACUUUGAAAAUGGAAGAAAAGGCUUUUUGGAUGCAGAGAUCUCUACCUUCAGAGUCUGUUGGUGGAUUGUUUUCUCAUAUAUAUGGCCAUAUAUUGAAGAGCACAACCUCAGAACAAGUCAAUGUUCACUGUGUUAAGAUUUCAUGAAGGUCGAUAUUUAACAAGAAAUUCAGAGGCUGCCUCAGUUACGGUGACUUUAUAUCCUGAAGCCCACAGGGCUAGAAAACAGAGGGAAUAACAGCUAUGAACCUUUCCUAGUAGUUGGGGAAGAUGUUGGUUUUCCUUCCAAAUCCAAGGCUAUCUUUAGACUAAGAUGAUGCUGUGCUGACUCAAUAGACUAAGGUGUAAAAGUCAGUUACCUUGGGUCCCUCAACUCCAGAGGGCCACUCAUUAGUUUAAUAAAUCCUUGUGGUGUUCAAAUGCUCCAUAACAGCACAAGGAGGCAUGCUGAGAGACAUUCUCCUUUUCAAGGGUUCCCUAAUAUGAACAAAACAGCCCGAUAGAUGCCAAAAUGGUGCACAGCAUUGCCUCUUCCCAGUCCUAACCCAAGUGUAACAGCAUAGUCUGAUAUAUGAAGGAAGGAAAGUGGCUAUAGCAAAAGUUGACACCUGGCUUCUACCUUGCCCAGAGGUAGGUUUUCCAGAGAAAUAGUUCUGUUGCAUCUCAAAAAAGGACAUUUUCAGCUCCUGAGGGUUCUCAAGGGUCCCACUGGGCAAGCUAUGAGAAUGUUGUUUUAUAAUCUAGCUGCCUUAUUGGGGAACUGAAUGAAAUGACAUAGUAUUAGGGAAAAGAUACUUCCUAUAAGCAUCAAUAAGGGAGUGGAAUUAUCGAGAAAAGUGCUUAAGUGAAAUGGAGACUUGGGCCAAAGAAAAUCAAUGCCAGAUUUUCCACUUCAAAGACAACAAUUCUAAACUGGAGAAACAAGUGGGGAACAUGGAAAACAGUCAACUGUGGCCAUAUUCCCUUGGAAGCAGGCAGCAGAAAUCUGCACCAGCUGGCAUCUAGGGACAGGUAUUUUAAAUGCUCAGACAAGGCUGUUGGCCACUGACAAGGUAGAAGCCUUUCACUGGAAACACCUGAAUCAGGGGUUCCAGUAAGCAGGCAAGAUUUGUCUGCCCUGGUCUAGGUCAAAAAAGAGGCAAGAUCCAAAGCCAAGUCAGGACAUCCCAUAACAAGUUGAGUUCCUGUUGUCCAGAACCCUCCAUGGAUUCUGAGAUGAUGCUAAUCCUGCUUGAACCACAAAGCAGAUGGUGUCCCUAAAAUCUUGCAUAAGCCACAUCACCAAGAAUGUAAUCUCCCUAAAGAGCAGAUAGCUCUCCUUUCUUUCAGUGUAGGAAGCAGCUUAGAUUUAUUAAGGACAGGAUUCUGUCUUUCACUGACUUGAGAGACAGAGAAUUGGGAGUAUUGAAGAGGGAAUCAUUUAAAAAUUCAAUCUUAACCAUUAAGUUAGCUGUGCAGUUAGUCUUUACCUAAGUGAACAAGGUGUGACUUCUACUGAGAAAUAAUAUUGCCAUUGGUUUUCCUAGUGCCUCCAUAUCCAAGAUCUCCAAGGCAUUUUCAUGCCUCAAGUUUUCCUUUUGAGCUUUCUACAGGGAGCUCAGAUCAGAGCUAACAAACUCUUCCAAAGGCUGAUAUUACCCACACAGGUUGUGUUGCUAGCAUUAAGCAUUCUCAUCCUGUCAUUCUAAUAUUCCACUUUUGACUAAUAAAAGGGCAGAAUUUUGGACAUGGGCAAAGAGCAGGAUGGGAGAAAACCAAGGCUAGUUGGUGCAUUGACAAGAUACAUAAUGCAUAAAGGGCACAAAGGAUCCCUUGUGCCCUACCAGGGCAGAACCAGUGAGGGGCAAAAGCAGAUGAGAGCAUGGACACACACUGAUCUUGUUUUCAGACAACUCUGAACUGGAAGUGGGGGAAGGGUUCAGGUUUUUUCAGAGUCCUGCAAGGCAGUAAUUAAAUGCCCCUUGCUUUGGCCUUAUCAACUCACCUCCCACAUGAUCUCUCUGUUAAAAGAAUAAUUAUUUUCUUUAACACCGCAACUACUAUCUUUUCAUCCAUGAAAAUCCAGAAUACCACACAUCAGUUUUUAAAUUGUUUAAUUUAAACUUUUUUGUUUAAUGACGUUUUUAGAACCUACUGGUAUAGUACACACUCUGCUGCAAUUGUUUUCUCAUUUGAGUUGGUAGAUAGUGGAAGAAAAGAAUGUUCCCUUGUCAUCCCAAAUCUAAUUUUCUGAUUUGUAGUGUUUUAAUAUGGAAUGGAACACACACUGAAGUCCUACAUUCCUAUCGAGAAGGCACAGAAUAACUGUGUAGAUUGGCCAGGUGAGCCUUUUUAGUCUAUGGGGCUAUAUCUGCCUAGGUAAAAGGUUAACCAGUAAAACAAGUUCCUAACUUUCUUCCCAAAUUAUAAGGAAUCCUAGAUUGUCUAAAUCAAGCUGGCCCCUUACUGCAUCUUACAAAAUAGGCUAAGCCCAAAUAGAGGGUGACAGGUCCUACCCUGGUUUACAGGAACUGCUUCUCAUGUUACUAGGCCACCUCUAGUUCAUCACCACCAAACCACCAAAUAGAAGAACAAACAAGAUUCAUUCAAAGAUUGAAAACUAAUGACUCUCUCAGGGUCCAGAGUUUAGCAAAGUCAAAAUGGUGGGGAGGGGAAGAAGAAAUGUGAUGGUACUGUCCUCACAUUCAGUAUGAGGUUGCCAAAUAUUAGAGCUGCGAAAAGACGUGAUUUUUCUCAUCUUCUACAAUGUGACCUUGGGUAUGUCGGCAACCCCAUAAUCAACCCUUCUUAUUUCCAUCAGAUUCAUUUACAGGAAUUGUACACUGAACUUCAAUUACAAUUGGAACUAAAAAUUAAAGUGAUUGGAAGUGAAGAUCCUUUAGGAUCCCACCUUGAGAGUUUUAUGUCACACUCUGGGCACUGUAUUUAAGGAGGUUGACAAACUGAAGCAGGGGAGCCCACUAGGACGGGGGGCCUAGAAACCAGCUGAAAGAAUUAGGAAUGUUUUGUUUGAAGACUCACUCUGAGAGACAUGAGCUGAUCUUGAUAAUGAUUCAAAACAAUGUUCUGUGGAAAGAGGGGUGCACUGGUCCUGCUGAGUCCUAGAGGGGAAGAACCAGCAGAUUUCAGCUUAAUAAAGGGAAAUGUUCCUAAUAAUGAGAGCUGUCCAAAAGUAGAAUGGGUUGCUUUGGGGAGCAGUGGGUUCUUAAUCACUGGAGAAUCUUAAGUAGAGGUCAGAUGAAGCACUUGUCAAGUGCAGGAUUCCUGAACAGGAAGGCUAGUCAAGAUGACCUCAGAGAUUGUCUGCCAGAGAUUCUGUGAUCUUAUGUAGAUGUGCUGUCCUGGGCUGUUAACUGUACAUACCAAACCCAUCUUCCUUGCUUCAUCACCUAUCAAAGUGGUAUUAGAUACACAGACAUAAAAAACUAGAGCUAAGGAAUUAUCUACUGUUUGUUGUACCAAUUCAAUGAACUCUGCAAUCUGACUUGCAUGAAAGGAACAUUGCAAAGUCCCUAUAACCAUAAACUUAGGAGAAUCAGAGCUGGCUGGCAACGUGGCAGCUAUAACUGAGGGACACCAGCAUCAUUCAUUGCCUCAAGGAUGAGAACAGAACCAACUGUCCUGUGAUCACUGUUUUUGGAUAUCGUAUCUUUGUUGCUUACAAUUGUCUCAACAUUGUUUUCUUCAAAAAGGGCAAUUACAAUUUGAAGAUUGUUAUAUCACAAGCUCUAAAAAGUGUAUUAGUAAGUAAAAUGUGGGUCUGAAAAGUUCUCUACCCUUCUCCUUCCAUUAAAGCUUCAGAGGUGAGCCUCAAAGUCAGAACCCAAUUGAAUUAAAGUGAAAUGUGUAUUUGUUUAUUUAAAUACAGUAGGGUGCCCUUAUCUGAGGUUUCAGUUAUCCUUGAUCAACCACAAAGCAUGCUGGAGGUCCUCCAGCAAAGUACAGAGGUCUCUUCUGCUUUUGCAUCCACAUUUUUUAUGGGGAACAAGUUGGGGUGGGGGAGGUUAUGAGGGGUCCAAUGCCAGGCAUGGGGCAGAAGUAGAGAGAGAUAACACAUUUAAUGUGGCAUCAGCAGGUGUUCACCUCUAUCUGUGGUUCAAGCAGCCAUGUUAGGUCUUGGAAUAUAUUCCCCACAGAUGGGGGGGGGGGGGGAGCCCUACUGUACAGUAAAAAUAUGUCUGCUAUAUAGCGCCAAUCACUUAAGCUACUGUGUGAAAUGGCCCAUGGAAAAAUAUUAUUGGUCUAGUUUAUUCAGUUAUUUUUAAAAGGUCUCAAUUUAUAACAAAAAGAAAAUGGCAUUUCCUUACAUGCAAGAUAAAAAUUGUUCCCAUAACAUCUUCCCAAGCCAUUGCCUUAUAUGUAAAAGGGGACAAGUAAAAGAAGGAAGAAGCCAAUAUUUGUAAUAUCCGUAAGAACCUUCAUCUAGGGGCAGUGUUGGUAAAGUAUUGGCAUGCCUGCCAAGCUGGCACAGGGAGAGGGAGAGCUGCUCUGUUCCACCUCUUCCCAGGACCCAAGGGCAUUUUUUGCAAGCCCCACCCCUCUGUCUAGCCAUCCAAUGUGAGCACUUCCUCCCUCCACUCUCUGGGGUAAUGCAAAGACAGCCUGAAGUUGCAGUUUGGGCACACAAACUUGAAAACCUUUGCCAACACUGCUCUAGACCCUAAUUGUCAUUUUUUCCCCCUCAUCAUGCUCCAAUUCAGAUCUUAAAUGCUGGUCAUAUUAUAUAUAGCAUGUUUCUAUGCAGCUGUUUGUAUGAUGACCUGUUUGUGUUUGGUCUUUUCUGUUGUAAGAAAAAUAAAAAUCCUGAAUUUUGUGUA